AUGUUGUCAUUAGAAAUUUCUUUCUCAUUUAAGUUUUUAAUUUUUCUAUUUUGCUUGGGUAUUCUCUGUAAACAGCAAUCUAUCUAUCAAUCUGUCUAUUCAUCUAUCAAUCUAUCUCAAUCUCUAGCUCAUUUUGUUCAUAAUCUAUCUAUCUAUCUAUCUAUCUCUCUCUAUCUCUCUCUCUCUCUCUAUCUAUCUAUCUAUCUAUGUUAUUCUGACGAAAUGCGUCAACCGAAUAUCCGAUUUAUUCUUAAUUUCCCUAACAUUGUUCUGCUUUAUAUAAAAUUUAUAUAUUGUUUUCUCACACGCACACAUCUAUCUAUCUAUCUAUCUAUCUAUCUAUCUAUCUAUCUAUCUAUCUGUCUUCUUUCAUUAUCUAUCUAUCUCUAUCUAUACCAGCCAACUAUGUGUAUCUAUCUAUCUAUCUAUCUAUCUAUCUAUCUAUCAGAGUCUCUUUUAUAUCUAUCUAUCUGUCUAUGUAUCUAUCUUUCUGUUAGUCUUAUCCCGUGUCGAAUUCUUCUGACGUCAUGUACACCAUCACGUGAUCACACAGCUGAAAUCCGCCUUCAUUGUCACCAUUUGUUCAUAUUGCUUCGGUGUUCUUCUCCUACAUACUUACCUCUUACCUUUCCUCACUCCCACUUUGCCACUGCCACUCUCUUACCUCUUACCUUUCUUCACUCCCACUUUGCCACUGCCAUUCCCUUACCUCUUACCUUUCCUCACUCCCACUUUGCCACUCCCUUACCUCUUACCUUUCCUCACUCCCACUUUGCCACUGCCACUCCCUUACCUCUUACCUUUCCUCACUCCCACUUUGCCACUCCCUUACCUCUUACCUUUCCCCACUCCCACUUUUAUCCACUUAAUCAAAUUUAG